AUGGCUCUUGCUCGAGCUUUCACAAAGCGCAGCAAACGAGGUUCUGAUGCAGCAGCCAUGCAACGUGGUACGAGUGUCAGAUAUCCUCCCGGAACAAUCAACCGCAGUCUCAUUUCUCUCCCAACAGAACUGCUCUCCACAACCAACGUUCAAGCCUUGACUGCUCCAGACAUUCGAAGCGUCUCCGGAUCCACCUCCGGUUCACUAUCAUCUACACUUGAGUCCGACUUUUCGACCAUUGACCGAAGUUUCCUCAACAACGCUGGUAGUGAUACCUCAUCAGUUGACAGCAGUGGUCCAGCAACCCCUGUGACACCUGCAAAUGACGGGGCCAGGUCAUUUUUCGAAUCCAAGCAGCCGCCCGUUUUACCAGCUCUUGCCUCGCUAGCAGAUCUCGAAACACCAAUGGUACCCCAGCGUUCUCCUUCUCACUCCAAGAAAGCCCAUGUCGAGUUGUCACGAAAGCGAUCCAUCCAACGCAUGUCUCCACCUCCGACGACUUUAACCAAGCCUGCCACUCGCAACAGUGCCGAUAUCUUUAACAAGGCCGCAGAUCCAGACCAUCCUUUUGGCCGGGAACUCGCACAAGUCAAUGAGAUUGCAGAAGAGUUUGGUGCUACCUCUCGAUUACUGGAUGAAGAAGAGCAGGAUAUCAUGAGCAAGGGACUGUGCAAGUUCGGCGUCGAAGACUACUUGGACGAAAUUGCCGGUCUCUAUGGAGGCAUUUUCGAGGAUCAAUUGACAUCACUGGCAAAGCCGUGGAUCUGA